GUUUACAUAUUUCAAAAAGCGCCCAUCAGUCACAUUCUGCGGUUCGGAAUUUCGUUACAACCGGUGUAAAUUGCAAAAUAAAAUUCAAACUACAGAAAAAUUGUGUUCAAAAGUGCUGAUUUGUGCUAUAAAAUUGUGAUCAUUGCAGUGUGUAAAUGUCUUCCGACUUUUUCGUCUUUUACGACGCCAUCGAUUCAUUGCUCGAGCGCAUUCAACAUUCGGCGGGAAGUUCAAACUCCGGGACCAGAGAACUCCCCAAAGAGCACCUCCUCGAGCUAGAAUCUCUCUUUGGCCGCGCCCUGCUCAACCGCACCCUCGAGCUGGUCUACGGAAAGCGGCCCAUCAAGCUAUACCGCACACCGGACGGCGUCGGCCAGCUGUACGAAGUGCCGAGCUCCGAAUUUGCCGUCGUGUACAAGAUCUUCCCCGGUAUCAACUACUGCACCUGUAAGUCGUACCGCUUCUGGGUGCUUCAGCAACGUCACCAAGCACUGUGCAAGCACCUUUUGGCGACCCGGCUGGCCCCACUCGUGGACCGCGUCAGCACGGAGGGCAUCACCCUGCAGGCGUACCUGGAGGUGAAGGCUGCGCUCAUCAGGGAACGAUUAAAGCCUAGUGAGAGUCGGGUGGACGCUGGGGAGGGAACUUCGCGCCAGAAGUCGUAAAUGCUCAACACGAAGCUGCUGUUUGAAAAGGG